CAGUUUCUUGUCGGUCUAAUCGAUCUUUUCCUCUUCAUCUUUCUUCAUGAUCUGGUAACAUAUAUUCCUCACACACAUAUAUAGUCCUUACACUUACUCCAUCAGAAGGGUCAAUUAAUCUGCAGAUCAGAUCGAAGAAAUAUAUAUAUAAUGAGUUGCAAUGGGUGUCGAGUUCUUAGAAAAGGAUGCAGCGACACCUGUAUUCUCAGGCCCUGCUUACACUGGAUACAGAGCGCCGACGCUCAGGGCAACGCCACCAUCUUCGUUGCCAAGUUCUUUGGCCGCGCCGGCCUCUUGUCCUUCAUCUCCGCCGUCCCGGAGAACCAAAGGCCUUCGCUGUUUCAAUCCUUGUUGUAUGAAGCCGCCGGGAGGACGGUGAACCCAGUGAACGGGGCGGUGGGGCUGCUAGGGAGUGGGAAGUGGCACGUUUGCCAGGCCGCCGUGGAAACCGUGCUCCGCGGCGGCGAGUUACGGCCGAUCCCGGAGUUUCUCGGCGGAGUAGCGGACGGCGACGAGGGUUCCGACUGCACGGCGCAGAAACUGUCAAACUUGCCGGACGGAUCUUCAAAAGGAUUAAAGGUGGCGGCCGAUCUUGAUCUCAGUCUAACGCCUGGCUUUCAGGCUAGUCAUACACCGUUGCCGGGGAAACAACGGUGGCCGCCGCGGACACUGUCGAUGAACUCCGAGGAAUCGAUUACCACUACUACUACUUGCUUCGAAGGUGGGUUUGGGAUUGGAGAUCAAGGAGGAGUAGAACCUAAGCUACUCAACUUGUUUUGAUUAAUUUCUUAUUAAUUUUGUUUUUCAUCGGAUGUAUACUUAGUACGGAGUAUUUUUUAUGAAAAUCUUUACCCAGAA